UAAUUGUGUCCCAAGUUUAUGUAAUACAAGGGGAUAAUUGUAUUAUUUCAUUGAUACUGUUUAUAUUUAUAUUAUUUUAAUAUUAUUGCCACAUGAUUGACAAAUUAAAAUAAUCAAAAUCCUUCUCGCACCGUGAAAAGUGAUCAACGUGACACGGUUGGAAUAUCAACCAAAUCUGGCUAAAUAUGACAUAUGAAUAAAUAAGCCCCUUAAAGUCGAUGUUUACGUCCAAGCGGAUGGCGUCAUGGCGUGGGGCAGCAUGCGUGGAGACGCGCGUUACUUUUCACCGGGAAACACACAAAGUCCAAAAGGAACCAAGCAAACCCAGAGCGCCACGUAGCGCGCGGCCGACUGUAAACAAUCGCAAAGUAAAGGGAGGACUGCCAGUCAACCACAGGAAACAUGGAGGCUGUAAACGUUUCAACACACACACACAGAGGGGAUACUGCAUGGCUGGCCUCUCGUCCUUUAAGGCCACAGAGAAGGCAGGAGACACGGAGGCCGCCAGCCGGCCGGGCGGCCUGCUUGGCGCCUGAGCCCACGUCCAGGUGCUUGGAGAUGAGGCAGGUGAAGCCCUUGGAUGGAAGCUGGGGAGGGACUUUUUGUCAUGUGGUUCCAUUCCAAAAGUCGUCUUCGGAGGGUAAAGAGUCCUUCUGGUCUUCCUGCUCCUUGAGUCUGCUAGCCUUGGCCUGGCGCUCGCGUCCGCACGUCCACAGCAGGACCACCGCCGUGUCCUGAACGCACCAAGAGGCACUCAGACGCCCGACUCCCGACCAGGAAGCCAUGUUCCCUGUAGACCUUCCACCUGUGGAUGAAACUGACCUGAGGUCAGCAUCUGAAAGCUGUUUAUUGUCAUUGCAGUCCGGAUCGCAUCAGUACCAAUUCUUUGAGACACCAGACAGCACCAAGGUGAAAAUAAGCAGCAGUAACGUCCAAUGGCUGCAGCUGUUUGAGGAUAACCAAUCAGGAUCUUCGAUACUGGCCCUUCAUGCACCUUAUAAUCCAACUCAAGUGGUGGCUUUAUACUUGGCGGGACGGUGGUGGUCCGUAGACCACGUCACACGGACAUCCUGCAAAACCAGGACAGACUUGCUCCCGGUGCAGUCACUGGUGGAGAGGCUGAUCAUGUUCCUGCUCAGCCGGGUCCUGGAUACGGAGGCGAUCUUCUCCCCGCACCCCCGUACCGAGCGUGCCAAGCUGCUGUGGCUGGACGGCCAGGCGGUGGGCUUCUACACGGUCAAAAAUAAAGGGAGUCUAUGUGACGACUGGAGCGGUCGCUGCUACCUCCUGCCCGUUCUGGACUCGGUGCUGGUGAGGAAGAACUGGAGGAGAAGAGGACUUGGACUGAAGAUGCUGGCUGAUUUCUGCUCGUCUUUCCCCAGCGAGGAGGCGCUGGGGGUGAGCGUGCCGCUCUCCGCUAGCAUGGCGGCAGUGUGCAGGCGCUUCCUGCAGAUGCACGAAGACCACCGAGAGCGCCUGUACGAGGUGGAGGCUCCAGGGGGUUGGGCCCAACGGCGAAACAUCUGGCUCAACAUCCAAUUAAGCAGAUACUCACUCCUGGACCUGGACCACCAGGGUCAACAUCAUAAAGUAGAAAAAGAUUCGGGCAGAUCCCCGGACUGACCUCUCUGGGUGUCCGUACAGGAUGGCCCUCAAGUCCACACACAAAAACACUAGACAACAAUCCUUGCGUGCUAACAUGCUAAUGUUAGCAUAUGAGCAUUUUGGCCUAUUUUCAUAGAUAGCUUUUGUUUUUGUAUAUCUAUCAAGCUAGGUGUUAGCAUGCUAGCAUUGCUAACAUUUUAACAUUAGCAUAAUAGCAUUUUUAGCCAUUUUCAUAGGUAAAGACUGCACAAUCAUGCCAGUGGUUAGCAUGCUGAAAUUAGCAUGCUAGCAUUGCUAACAUUAGCAUAGCUAAUUAGCAUAGCAUAGCAUAGAUUUUUAGCCAUUUUCAGCGGUAACAAACAGUUAUUAUUAUGCUAUGUGUUAGCAAUGCUAGCAUGCUCGCAUUACCAUAGUAGCAUUUUAGCUAUUUUUUAUAGCUCAACAUUUAUAUAAACACACCACUAUUAUAAAAAAACAGAACACAAUCCUUGUGUGCUACCAUGCUAAUGUUAGCAUAUGAGCAUUUUGGCCUAUUUUCACAGAUAGCUUUUGUUUUUUAUAUCUAUCAAGCUAGGUGUUAGCAUGCUAGCAUUGCUAACAUUUUAACAUUAGCAUAAUAGCAUUUUAGCCAUUUUCAUAGGUUAAAAGAUGGCACAAUCAUGCCAGUGGUUAGCAUGAUGAAAUUAGCAUGUUAGUGUUGUUAACAUUAGCAUAGCUAAUUAGCACAGCAUAGUUAGCAGUUAGCACUAUUAUGCUAUAUGUUAGCAUGCUAGCAUUGCCAGCAUGCUAACAUUAACAUAGCAGCCAUUUUCAGAGGAAAUAAACAGUUUGUGCUAUUAUGCUAUGUGUUAGCAUUGCUAGCAUGCUUGCAUUACCAUAGUAGCAUUUUAGCAAUUUUUUAAAUAUUUUUUAAUAUUUUUAUUCCCGGUGUUAGCAUGCUAGCAAUACCAUUUUAGCAUUGCUAUCAUGCUAACAUUAGCAUAGCAGGAUUUUUAGCCAUUUUCAGAGGUAAUAAACAGUUAGCACUAUCAUGCCAUGUGUUAGCUUUGCUAACAUGCACAUUAGGAUAGUAGUAUUUUUAUAGCUGGACAUUUAUAUAAACUCACACCACUAUUAUACCCGGUGUUAGCAUGCUAGCUUAAAAUUUUAGCAUUGUGAGCAUGCUAACAUUAGCAUAGCAGCAUUUUUGCCAUUUUCAGAGGUAGACGUGUAUACUGUAAUAGUUAGCACUAUUAUGCUAUGUGUUAGCAUUGCGAGCAUGCUAGCUUUACCAUAAUAGCAUUUUAGCUAUUUUUCUUUAUAGCUCAUCAUUUAUGUAAACACACCACUAUUAUGCCCGGUGUUAGCAUGCUAGCAUUACCAUUUUAGCAUUGCCAGCAUGCUAACAUUAGCAUAGCAGCAUUUUUGCCAUUUUUUUACAAUUUUAUCCUCAAUAAAAACAAUAAAGGACAAAUACAAAAAAAUGCCUUAUUAUUUACUACGCAUUGGACAAUGCAACACAAGGCCCCAUUAACAAAGGAUUGUGAUCUCUGGCGCCAUCUAGCGGUAAAAUUAAGUCAUUACACUGACACCAUGGAUGGGUGACCGGCAUGUAAUCAGAGCUUAUAGUAUGCGCUUCAUUUCGUUGACUGGACAAGAGCGUCACGUGAUUGUCGUGAACGCACAUGUAGAGGGGCGGUGUUUACCAUUUAAGUCACGGUUGUAAGCCGCCAUUAAAGUAUUGCUUUAUUUGUGAUAUGUGUGUUGUUA